CCCUCGGGGCCCAUUCCGCGCCUGCGCAGGGGCCUGUUUGUGCAUUCUGGCUGCGCGGCGGCGGUGGCGGCGGCGCGGGGCGGAGAUGGCGGCGUCCUCGCUGGAGCAGAAGCUGUCCCGGCUGGAGGCGAAGCUGAAGCAGGAGAACCGCGAGGCUCGGCGCCGCAUCGACCUCAACCUCGACAUCAGCCCCGCCCGCGCCCGGCCCAUCAUCGUCAUCACCCUUAGCCCUGCCCCCGCUCCGUCCCAGCGAGCAGCCCUGCAGCUGCCCCUGGUGAGCGAUGGGGGGGUGCGAGGGGGGGGUCCCGCUGAGGCCCCCCCUGCGGUGCCCCCUGCCCCUGCCCGUCCCCGACAGAUGCUGGGGCUGCCCCCACCCCCCUUCCUGGUGCCCAGGAGCCACGAGAGCAUUGAGAUCGACCAGAAGCUGCAGGAGAUCAUGAAGCAAACAGGAUACCUCACUGUGGGGGGGCAGCGUUACCAGGCUGAGAUCAACGACCUGGAGAACCUGGGGGAGAUUGGGAGCGGAACCUGUGGCCAGGUCUGGAAGAUGAGGUUCAGGAAGACAGGAGACAUCAUUGCGGUCAAGCAAAUGAGGCGCUCGGGGAACAGGGAGGAGAACAAAAGGAUCCUGAUGGACCUGGACGUGGUGCUGAAGAGCCACGACUGCCCCUACAUCGUGCAGUGCUUUGGCACCUUCAUCACCAACACCGACGUCUUCAUCGCCAUGGAGCUGAUGGGGACCUGUGCUGAGAAGCUGAAGAAGAGGAUCCAGGGCCCAAUCCCAGAGAGGAUCCUGGGCAAGAUGACAGUGGCAAUCGUCAAGGCCCUCUUCUACCUGAAGGAGAAGCAUGGAGUGAUCCACAGGGACGUGAAGCCCUCCAACAUCCUGCUGGACGAGAGGGGCCAGGUCAAGCUCUGCGACUUCGGCAUCAGCGGGCGCCUGGUGGACUCCAAGGCCAAGACCCGGAGCGCAGGCUGCGCUGCGUACAUGGCCCCCGAGCGCAUCGACCCCCCCGACCCUACCAAGCCUGACUACGACAUCAGGGCUGAUGUCUGGAGCCUUGGCAUCUCCCUGGUGGAGCUGGCCACGGGGCAGUUCCCCUACCAGAACUGCAAGACAGACUUCGAGGUGCUGACGAAGGUGCUGCAGGAGGACCCCCCCCUGCUGCCCCCCUCCAUGGGCUUCUCCGGGGACUUCCAGGCCUUUGUCCGGGACUGCCUCACCAAGGACCACAGGAAGAGACCAAAGUACAACAAGCUGCUGGAGCACCCUUUCAUCAAGCGCUUCGAGACACUGGAGGUGGAUGUGGCCUCCUGGUUCAAGGAGGUGAUGGCCAGGACAGAGUCCCCUCGCGCCGCCAGCCUCGCCCACCACCACCUGCCCUUCUUCACCAGAUGGCACAGAGACAGGGGACAACGUGGGGACCUGGCAGAGGUGGCACCAGCAUGUGACAACGAGGGCAGAGAUGGCAACAAGAUGGGACGUGGGGACAGAGGUGGCACCAGGAUGUGAAAGGGGACAAGAGAUGGCAGCAGGACAAGGGUGGCACCAGGACAGAGAUGGCACCAGGAUGUGAUAAGAGAACAAAGAUGGCAGCAGCAUGUGGCAUGGGGGACAAAGGUGGAACCAGGAUGUGAGAAGGGGACAAAGAUGGCACCAGGAUGAAGAUGGCAGCAGGAUGCAGCAUGGAGACAGCGGUGACAGCAGGAUGUGGCACAAGGACAUGGCACUGGAAGGCGGCACAGAGGUGGCCUGGGCACGCCAGGAGGGGUCACAGCCCCGGAGGUGGCACAAGGGGUCACUGAGGUGGCAUAGCCCAGGGCCACGCCACAGAGGGGACAAUGUGGGGUCACCAGGACACGCCGAGGAGGCAAUGCCACCGUGGAGGAGGGCACAAGGAGGUGGCAGAGGGACACUUGGAGGUGGGGGAGGGGAGGUUGGGGUGGGGGCAGAGGGGACACAGGGGGUGGCCCUCGGGUGCCACCAGGGCCUGUGGUGACAAUUGAGGCAUGGAGAGUGGGGGUGGGGGUCACCUCCUACCUGGUGUCCCCAAGGUGUCCCCUCCCCCAGGCUGGCAGCAGGUGCAGUUUUAGUGCAUUGGGGGGAGGAGGCGCAGGUGAGGGUCUCCCCGCGGCUCCCCCCACCCCUGCCCCUCCCCCCCCCCGGGCACUGUCCCUGUUAAUUAUUAAUUAUUAAUAAUUAUUGUUAUUAUAAAGGAGCAUGAGGAGCACA